UUAUCCGACUUUUACGCGUUUCAGGCGGAGUUGAGGAUCUUAAAACAUUUGGCCAAACUUCUUCACCUCUCCACUUCUCCGCGCACAUAUUUUGGACCGAGACACCUUUGUCCCCCCUCCCUGUCCCGACACGGAGGAGUAAUAUCUAAAUGGGAUUUGUACGUUUAAAGACACGUUUUCAUUUUUAAAAACCUGUCUGGACCUUGUCUUUUCCUUCUUUUUGGCCGUUUGGUCCGUGAAGCGCUCACAGGACAGGAGACCGUUUUUGCUUGCUUUUAUUUUACUUUACUUUUUAUUUAACUUCUUUUUCGUCGUUUUUUUGGUGAACGUGGAGGGACUCAUGCGAUGUCACGGAGCUAAAGAGACGAGUCCAUGUCUGUGACACGUUCUGUGGCGAGCGUGAGAAAGUGUUUUUUGAGUUAAUUUGUUUAAACCAGUUGAGCAACUGGCGACAGGACUCUAUAAUCAAUGUGGUGUCAGCUGGAAGGACGCGGGGUCCGGAUCUCACCUAAACGCUGAUACGUCCUGGGAGUGAUGCACUGGCUUCCCCUGGUUGCCAUGGUGAUUGCCUCGGCCCUGCCCUUCCCUCACAACCCCGUGUCCAGGAUCGCUGCGGCGGCGACGACGACAAAGCCUGGCUCCGACGACCGCCGGGACCCGGCCUCGCGCCUCGCAGCUCCGCGUGUGGACUACGAUUCUCGCGGAAAUGCCUCGCAGACGGACUCGGCCGUCGGCCAGCAACCCGACAGACGAGACCUUCACGACCGCAAGGACGACGUGAAAUCCUCCGUACAUGAAGAGACCGCCACGUUCAGAGUGGACAAUCAAGGAAGUUACCGGUCGAAAAGCAACUCAGGCAGCGGCGGCAGAAGCGGCGUCAGUUUGGACAGACGAACACUCAGGACCGAGGAUAUUUCCCAGGAUAAUUCUCCACCAAAGGACUACAAAGCUGACAGAAGCAGCAGGCAAGAGAUCUCCAGCUUCAUGGACUUUUACAAGAAGGACUCCACGGGCAGACCUUUGCAGGUUUCUGCAGCAGAAAACCACAACACUGCCAGUCCUGUUGCAACGCUAAAGGCUCCGCAUGGACCAGAACCAACUGUUCCUUCAGAGCAGCUGAGAGAGACAUCAACAAUCAGGACAGGGACUGAGCAGACGCCAGGGGCUGAGGAGAGCGCGACCCUGGAGGCAGGACCGGGUCUGGGCCCUGGACUCGACAGCCUCUUGGGAGACGAGAUGUUUCUGGACGCACAUCCACGAGUCCUCUUCUCGCCCUCGCUGUCUCCUCCAGAACACCCGCCUCUGCUGCUCAUGCUGGAGUCCGGCCUGCUGGAGGAGGACGGCGGCGGGGAGGAGCAGGAGGACAUGGACGGACACAUCGAGGGUCACGGGGAUCGGGCGAUUGACAGGAGCACGACCCCGAGCUGGACCGACUCCUCCAGAGUCACCACCAGCGAGGCCGCGCACCCCGUUAGGCGGGACAAGCGCUCGCACUUGAUGGACCGACGGCGAGGAGAGAAGUCCGUGUGCGAGGCGGAAAGCGUCUGGGUCACCGACAAGAGGUCCGCCAUCGACUCCCGCGGCCGGCAGGUCACCGUCCUGGAGGAAAUCCAAACCCAGACGGGACCGCUCAAACAGUUCUUCUACGAGACCCGCUGUCGCCAGGCCGAGCAGGAGAGUGGCACCAGCCGGGGGAGGGGUUCUGGCGCGGCGGCGCCGCCGAGAUCCCCGGGGAUGGGCCUCGCCGGGUCCGGCUGCUUUGGCGUGGACAAAAAACAGUGGCUGAGCGAGUGCAAGGCCAAGCAGUCGUUUGUGCGAGCGCUCACCAAAGACACCAACAACAGAACUGGGUGGAGGUGGAUCCGCAUCGACUCGUCCUGCGUCUGCGUGCUGCUGUCCAGAGCCAAUCAGGUGCCGGGGAGGGAGGUCCUGACUAGAACCGGGAGAGGCUGAGGGGGGAGGAGGAGGAGGAGGAGGA